AGAGCGCUGCAACAGAGAAGAUGUUACAGCCCCGAACCGAAAGAGGUAAAGUAACCAACUGCAGUUAGUUAUCCUUUCGAGCUGCCUGAAGUUAUCAAUGAAUUUUUUAAGCCUUCUUCUGCUGGCCCUCGUGGCAGUAGUAGCAGACUCGCACAGAAUCGCUCAGCCGCUUGCAGCCCCCCAGGAGCCGUGCAGCACCUACACCCGCCAGCCGCCAUGUGAACGGACAACGACUCCGUCACCACCCCCACCGUGCACCCGUACACCCCCACCAGAUCCACCCUGUGACACGACAACAACUCCGUCACCACCCUGUGACACGACAACAACUCCGUCGCCAUCCCCUCCGUGCACCCGUACACCUCCGCCAGAUCCACUCUGUGACACGACAACUACUCCGUCACCACCCUGUGACACGACAACAACUCGAUCGCCACCCCCGUGCACACGUACACCUCCGCCAGAUCCACCCUGUGACACGACAACUACUCCGUCAACACCCUGUGACACGACAACAACUCCAUCGCCACCCCCCCCGUGCACCCGUACACCUCCGCAAGAGCCACCCCGUGACACGACAACUACUUCGUCACCACCCUGUGACACGACAACAACUCCAUCGCCACCCCCCCCGUGCACCCGUACACCUCCGCAAGAGCCACCCCGUGACACGACAACUACUCCGUCACCACCCUUUGACACGACAACAACUCCACCCCGUGACACGACAACUACUCCGUCACCACCCUGUGACACGACAACAACUCCAUCGCCACCCCCUCCGUGCACCCGUACACCUCCGCAGGAGCCACCCUGUGACACGACAACUACUCCGUCACCACCCCCCCCUUGCACCCGUACACCUCCACGAGAUCCACCCUGUGACACGACAACUACUCCGUCACCACCCUGUGACACAACAACAACUCCGACACCUGAACAACCCUGUGACACCUCAACUACACCUCCCUCAACCACACCCUGUGCAACUGAUGCCCCUCAAGCUGCCAGCCUGAUCGAGAAGCUCAUUCCCAGGCCUCUGCUAGAUCUCUUCUCCGGCUCCAGCAUCUCCAUUGCUGGCGACCUCGAGUGCAGCGGAAGAGCUGACGGUACCUACCUGAAGGACGAGAAGCACUGCCGCCGCUACUACGAGUGCCUCAACGGAAACCGCGUUCUGCACAAAUGCAGAGCCGGCCAGUGGUUCGACCUGGAUAAGGGCAAGUGCCGCCGUCGCAGCCUGGUGCUGAACUGUCCUGCACAGCGCAACUGAAGAUGACACGAUCGGCGGAUAUGAUACGUGCAACAUGUAUAUUAACGUUUAUCCUAACCAACAGUAAUCCACUCAAUAAAUAGCAAUAGCAAUUCAAACUUAUUACCAACUCAA